AUGUUGGACGUCACAGAAUCCCGGAUGUGCCCAAAGUGUCGCAUGUUUUUUAACACUGACGAUGAGUUUUGGCGUCACAAUCUAAAUCUGGAUUGCGAUGAAUCAAUAAGUGCCAGUGCGGCUGCGAGUUCGAUGCCCGGUAGUAUACAUUCAAACAAUGAAUCACGAUCGAAUUAUCAGGAAAAGGAAGAUUUCGAAAUGAACCCUACUUCUUCAAAACACCAGUCUGGAAUCCAUUUGCCUGCUGAAGCAUUUGAAAAAUGUACAGAUUCUCCUGAUUUGAGGACUGCUUCGAUAUUCUGUGAUGUCUGUCAAGUACUAUUAACAUCAAUUAAAAAUAAAGAAGAGCAUGAAAAUGGCAAAAUGCAUAAAAAGCGAAUUGGGUUGAAGAUGAAAUGCAGUUGUCCAUCGGUUCAGAAUUCGUUGCCCAGUAGUAUACAUUCAAGCGAUGAAUCACAAUCGAAUUCAACUGCCAGCGAAGCUAUUGAUACCCAGCCCCAACCCACUGUGCGUAACAGGGAUGAGGAAAUCAUCCGUCUCCUACGUCAUUUAUGCUUGACACAAACAUUAUCCCUUCUUCAAAAAGUGAAAGGAGAUUCACAUGUUACUUCAAGUAGUGAUUUAUAUGAUAGAGAACUGAAAAUCAGUGCUAAUGAAUGGAAUAUAAUCGAAAAGUUUCGGAUAAUCUGUCGCGAGGAGCUACGUAAAAUUCUAUCAGAAGCUUUACAACAUGCUUCUCUCCAGUCCAGAAAUGUCAACACGUAG